AUGAUACAUCUAUUAGUCCAUGCCAUAAGUCCACGCCAGCAAAAAAAAAGAAAAACAACGCAUUCACUUGAGGAUAAAUUAGGUGCUUUUUUGGAUUCACGAACAAUUAACACGAAUAAUUCAUCUGUGGACAUGACUGAUGAAGAUAUGGCAUUUUAUACAUCAACAUUGCCCAUAGUGAAAACUUUAACCUUAAAUCAAAAAAUGCGUUUUCGAAUUGAAGUUAUGCAACUGCUACAAAAUAUAAAACAUACUGGUUCAUCAAUGGAAUCUUCAAUUGCUCAAACUUCUUAUGUUGAACCAUAUCGUCAUCACAAUAAUAUGCCAGUAUCACCUCAUACAUAUAACGAUCAAUAUUUUCAAUCAAAUAUAUUACGUCCAAACUCAGCAUCAUCUUCUAAUUCUAUACAGGCUUAUACACAGUUUUCUCCAGAAGACCAAAAUCCACCAUCAAACUAG